UAUGGGAUUAAAAUAUAAACGCAUGCAUUCAACUCUGUUUCGUGCAAUUUUUUUAAAGACAUGGGCUCUGAUAAUGGCAAUGUAAAUACUAAGAAAUCAAGCAAACGUGUAAAAUUUAAAGAUGAAUUUGGAAGCAGUGGCAGUGAAAGCAGUGGACAUUCAAGGGAGGGCAGUGGAAGCAGUAACUAUUCAGAUGCCCAUCUAGAGAUCACAAACAGGGUUGAAGGAACUAACAGUAAUGGUUUAGGGACCAAUCCUGAGAUUAUACACAAAGGGGAAGAUGAUGGAAGUGGAGAGAGUAGCUUGUUUUCAUCUUCAUCUUGUUCAUCUACCGAUGAUCAGUCUCGAGCGGAUACGAAAGUAGCAACGUCCAUAUUAAAGAAAGGUCGAAAUGGAUCUGCAGGUUCGACAUCGGAAUCUCAGCUUUCCACUAUCGUUCCACAUGAAUCGACCUUGACACAAUCCCCGCCAAUCCAAGUAAUGGAUCGACAGGCGGAAGACUUAAAUCUGUGUAGGAUUCCAUCUGUUGUGUUCGGUACAAGCAAGUCAGCAGCACAUAGGGACUGGAGUAAUGCUUCUAAUGACUCAUUAUUUAGCAUUAAAGUAGGGGGCACUAGUUUCGCCAGAGAUCAAAUUCUAAACAAAAGAUCUGAACUUUCCAAAGGCGAGUGCAUGGAAUUGGUUCCAUCAUCUUUUUUUGCUCCAAUGGUGGACACCAAGAAUUUCAAAUCCGACGUAAAGGAAACUGAGGUAUCAGAUGUUUUUGUCAAGGAUAAAACAUUCACCGUGGAAGAACCGGUCGUGGAAAAGUCGAAAGUGCAGGUUGUGCCCUGGGAGCCACCCAACAUUUCUAAUCGUUCUGAUGAAAAUUCAACCAGUGAUUGCUCCUUAGACCCUCCAGGAGAGAAGAAGAACAAAAACAAGGAGAAAUGUGCAUGGGCGUUCUGCUACUGUUCUAAUUAUAGCUGCGCAUUGUGCUACUGUUGGAACUGCAGCAUGAAAAGAUGGUGCUGUUGUUCAGACUCGGAAGAUGAAAGUAAUUCUCCGAAGAAAGGAAAAGCGAGGCAGAAGCAGAGACAAGAAGAGAAGCACUUGGCCUCGGCAUUGAAAUCAAAAUCAGCUUGCAGCGUCUGCAAGUGUUGCUCUUGGUUCCCUUCAUGUUGUCGAGGAAAACACUGUUGUUGUUGAAAGGAACUCUCAAAACCCAAAGC